GUCAAUAAAAUGACUUUUUGAAUUCCAAAUUCUUCACCAAUUAUGAUGUAUAACCUAAAGAAUUAUCAAUCAAAAUAAUUGAAAUAUUCAUUAACCUUAAAAGCUAAACUGUUUUUUGGGAUGAAAUAAUCAUGAAUAAUUAGUAUUAUAUUCUAUUUAUUUUAGAUCUUUGUAAAUUGAUAUGUUACAUUAGUUGAUAAAUAAAUUAAGUUAUUAAAAAACAAUUCCUGAAUAAUAACUAUAAGAAUUCUUUAAAGUUUUGGAUAACUUAGAUUUGUUAAGACAUGAUUUUGACUAAAUAAUGAAUGAUCUUUUAAAGGAUCCAAAUAAAGAAAGAAAAUAUCUUGAUUCUCUUACUAGAAAUUUGAUGAGUGAUCCAGUGAUGCUGCCAAAUUCAAAAGUAUGAUAGUUAAUAGAUAAUAAUUAGUAAAUAUUGGAUAGAGUGACAAUAAAAAGAUUAUUAAUAAAAAAAUAGGAAGAUCCAUUUGAUAGAUCCUUUUUAAGUGAAGAUAUGCUUGUAGAAUAAAAAGAAUUAAAAUAAGAAAUAAAAUAAUAUAUUGAAUCAAAAAAAUAAGAAAUGAGACUAUUAAGGCAAUCGAAAAGUAAAUACUAAAAUUGA